AUGGCUUUUCGUGCCUUUUCGCGCUCCGGCUCUCUGCUGAGAAGUACCGCCCAUCCCUACCGAAGUCUGGCACGCCGCCAAGGUCUGCCUUCUGGGCUCGUAUUCAAAUCGCCGCAACCAAAAUUACUCCAUACAGCCUCCUCAGAGUCAUCCAAGAAGGGCAGCCAAUUCAUAGCUCUUCAGCUGCUGGCUCUCGGUGCCAUACCCCUCUUGGCAGGAUACCUACUUGGUCGAUCCGGUGCUUCGGGGCAGGAAGCCGCUUCUCGGGGCAAAUUCUCCCAGGUGGAGUUUGCAAAUCGGAAGCAUAUGUUGCUUGCGGCCAAAGAGAUCUCCAAAACUUUGGGUGAAGACGCGGUCAGCUUCGACGAGGAUGAGAUUGAGCUGCACGGACAUUCGGAUUGGUCGACUUCAAACUCGAGCGGGCGGCCUGUGGCCAUCGCCUACCCUAAGACGACAGAAGACGUCUCUCUAAUAGCUAGAAUUUGCAACAACCACAAUGUGCCGAUGGUACCGUUCGGUGCCGGUUCCUCGGUCGAGGGCAGUUUCUCGUCGCCCUAUAGCGGAAUCUGUAUUGACUUUGUGCACAUGGACAAAAUCAUCGCCUUCCACCCUGAUGAGUACGUGUCCCAUAUCCUCUCCAAAGCAUGCAACUUCUAA